AUGGCAGCUGGCUUAAUUCCCAGGUGCUAUACGGCGCCCGCGCGGCAGUUAAGAUGCAGAGUGGUUACUAGUUUGGGAAACGCACGGCAAUUCUCUUCAACUUCUACAAAUGGGGAUGAUGCCUCGAAUGGUCCCCCUCGACGCCCCCCGACGGCAGGCUUCGAUCAAACCGCCCGUCGCCAAAACACAAAGUCUCUUCUCCAGAAUGUUUUUACAAAGUCAUCCCCCUCCUCUUCCAACCGCCCGGCGCAUCGACCUUUUGACCCCCAAUCUUCUUCCGGUCCGAUAGACGCCCGCUCCCUUGCCGCACAAGUCCCGCAAUCCGGGCAGGGUCAAGGCAUCAUCCGACGUGCGCCACUUUCGUUCAAAAACCUCCCUCAAAGACGCCGACCUGGCACGAAUCAGAAUAUAUUAGCGGCUGCGAAUGCUCUCUCGCGCAGGCCGCGUAAGCAAGGCGGCCAAAAGCGUGUAAACCGUCGCUCCGGGCGGAAAACAUCCGGGAAUAGAGGCGAGGAGGCUCUCGAUGAAUCGGUCAAAGCCUAUGAUUUUGAAAAGAAAGAAAAUGCUUGCAGGAGCCCGGUACAAUACAACCCAGAACCCUACAGCAUGGAUAUGCUGAAACCUACGUGGCCAGCUUUGCCGAUGAGUGGAGGGGAUAGUACUGUCGCCAAUGCUGGGAGCGUGGCAGAGAAGUUAAAUUGGAUGGGUGCUCGAUACCUCAAUUCUUUUGAACCAGCCCCAGAGUUGGCUCAGCGGAUACUGGAUGGAAAGAGGGUUUUGUUUAGGAGUAGCGAAGAGAAGGCAGAGGUCCUGGAGUUGCUGAAAACUAUGAUUGCGGCAAACGCACAAGAAAAAACAGAACGCAAGGGGAAGGUUAUCAAACCCAAGGAAGUGAGCUUUAAAGCCGUGGCCAACGAAGAGAGGCAGAGAAUCGUUGCUGCAGUGGUCCAAGGAAAAUACGACCAACCACUCGUGGAUAAAGCCAAAUAUGGAGGUUCUCCGAUCGUUGCGAAUGUCGUCAGGAAUUUGACCAACAACGGGACGUAUCAUUCUGUGCAGGCCAAGAAGUUUAUGGAGAAAUUCAUGAAAGGCCUACCCGGUCGCUUGACCAGUCCGCAAAAGGCGGCCUAG